GGGAAACAAAAUUAACAUAAGCCCUCCGCCGCCGGCGGCACUGUUACUACAAUUGUGUCAAACUGUGUCAAAUUUUACUAAAAUCUAUUCUGAUAUCAACUUUUUGUAUCUCUGCUUUCUGGGUUUGGUAGUUGUGCAUGAAAGUUUGAAGCUUUUUGAUACAAGGAUUGCAUCUUGGUUUGUCUACCAGGAUUGCUUCAAGUUUUUUGAACUAGCUGAGCUUCUCAUUCUUAUCCAGGAAGGUUCAUAUGAAUGGCAAGUUCACAGUUCCACUGUCUGCAAUCAGUCAGAGUUUCUUCCCCGUCUCGGCCUUUCAUAUCUACUUCAUUUAAUCAUGGUAGAGUGAAUUUCAAAAGAAAGAGCAAUUCUCUUGUUUAUGCUUCCACCAAGAACUUAGACCAUCAUCUUCAAUCAAAGGUCGAAACGGUGUUAGACAGUGUAAAAUGGGAUGACAAAGGUUUAGCGGUUGCCAUAGCUCAAAAUGUUGACACAGGAGCCAUCUUGAUGCAAGGGUUUGCAAACAGGGAAGCAGUGGCUACAACAAUCUCCUCCCGUAAGGCCACAUUCUACAGUCGGUCGCGAUUAACGCUGUGGACAAAGGGAGAGACCUCCAGUAAUUUCAUUAAUGUCCAUGACAUCUUCCUUGAUUGUGAUCGGGACUCUAUAAUAUACCUAGGGAAGCCUGAUGGCCCGACUUGCCACACAGGAGCAGAGACUUGCUAUUACACCUCAGUGAUUGAUUUGUUAGAAGAUCAGCAGAGUAGAGGAGAUAAAUUCCCAUUGACCACUCUGAACUCCUUAGAAUCUACAAUUGCAAAGCGAAAAGGAGAACUUGAAGUCCCACAAACUGGAAAGCCCUCGUGGACUAGACGACUACUACUUGACAAGAAGUUGUUGUGUUCAAAAAUCAGGGAAGAGGCAGAUGAGCUAUGUCGAACAUUAGAGGAGAAUGAGGAUAAGUCGCGUACUGCCUCAGAGAUGGGAGAUGUGCUUUAUCAUUCCAUGGUUCUGCUGGCCCUUAAAGAUGGAAAAAUGGAAGAUGUUCUAGAAAUUUUACGUCAUAGAUUUUCUCAGUCAGGUAUCGAGGAAAAGAGAAGUCGCAAGACACAAGGCUAGACAUGGACAUUAUUCUGUCAAGUUUUGAGACGUGCAAUACCAUUCAAAGUUUAGAUUGUCUAUUUGUUAUGAUUA